AUGCCAAUUCCAGCCUCCGGCUCUUCAUUCCCGGCGGGAAUCCUGGCCCGGGGUUGCCAUGGGAAUGGCGGGAGCGGCUCUGGCCGGAAAACAUUCCCGAUUCCCGCCGGGAAUAACGGCCGGGAUAACCGGGAUGGGACCCGGCCCUUUCCCGGGAUCUCCCGCUUCAUCCCGAGGUUUCUUCCCGCCUUUUCCCGCCGCUGCUCCAAGCUGACCUUGGACAUUCCAGGAUCCACAGAUAUCCCGGGAAUUCCACCCCAGCCUCUCUUUUCCCGCUGGGAAGAACGUAUCCCGUCAUUUCAAAAUUCCGAGGAAAAAUCCCAGAAGUUCCUGUUAAAAAUAAAUCCCAUCAGUUCAAGAUUCUUGGGAAAAAUCCCACGAAUUCCUGUGAAAAUCCCGUGGAUUCCAGCCCUGAUCCCAAUCCCAGCCCUCCUGCAGCUCCUCCAGGAAAAGGCUCUGAGGAUUCCCUGGAUCCUUCCCUUCUCCAGCAUUCCCAGCCUGGCUCCAUCCCCAUUCCGCUGCUCCUGGAGUUUCCCCUUUUCCUUCCAAAUUCCUGGGAUUUGCCUCAGGAAGGAGCUCAAACCCAUCCACUUCCAACCCACCUUGGCCAUUCCAGGGAUCCAGGGGCAGCCCUGGCUUCUCUGGGAAUUCCUUCCCGUUAUCCCACCCAUCGCUGCUCUCCUCCAGCCUCAAUCCAUCCCCCCUGUCCUGGCACUCCAAGGAAAGGAUUCCUUUCCGUUUUUCCCGGGAGCUGAAGGAUUCCCAUCCUUGGCUCUGCUGCCGGGCCCGAGUCCCUCAGGGCCUGCCCGGGGGAGCCUCAUUCCUUUACUUUUCCAUUCCUUUUCCCUCUAUUUCCUUUCCCUUUCCUUCCGUUUCCUUCUCUUUCCCUUUCCCUUCCCUUCCCUUUCCCCUUCCUUCUCCUUUCCCUUUCCCUCAAUUUCCUUUUUCCUUUCCUUUCCUUUUCCUUCCCUUUCCCCUUUGCUUUCCCCUUUCCUUUUUCCUUCCCUUCCCUUCUCUGGGGGCGGCCAGGCCGUUCCCGCUGCCUCCCAGCCCCGCUUCCCUCAGCCCCGUUCCGCUGCCCUCAGCCCCGUUCCGCUCUUCCCGGGCCCGUUCCGCUGUUCCCGGCCCCGUUCCGCUGCCCUCAGCCCCGUUCCGCUGUCCCCGGCCCCGUUCCGCUGUCCCCGGCCCCGUUCCGCCGUCCCCGUUCCGGUUCCGCUGCCCCCGGCCCCCGUGGCCUCAGCGCCGCUCCCGCUGCCCUCAGCGCCGCCGCCCCUCCCUCGCUCCGCCCGCCGCCCGCGCUCCGCCCGCCCCCCGCCGCCGGGGCCCGCGCCAUUGCCCGCGCCAUUGCCGUGCCUCGCUCCGCACCUUUCCCUCCCUCCUGGCUGCUCGGCCCCGGCCGGGCGGCUCCGCUUCGGCCGCCGCUGCCCGGCCCGGCGCUUCCCGCGGGCUGCGGCGGGCGCAGCGCGCAGCGCGCCCCGCUCCCGGCGCGGCGGAGCCGCGCUCGUUCCGUCCCCAUCGGGCGGCAGCGCGGAAUGA